AUGCAAAAAUAAAGCAGAUAAAAUACUUAGACAGCAUUUUAUUCUCCUCAACCUGGAAUGUGUUCAACUCAACCUUUGAGAGCAAUUAUAUCUCCAGGCAUUUAUGGCCCUCGCAAUUCCUAAAAUUUUCUAAUUGAUUCCUAUACUACCAAGCAUCAAGAUUAGGAUUCGGAUCGACUGAUGGGUUCAUCCCUAAGAUUUAAUUUGCUGAAGGAUAAUCACUAGUAAAUCGAGAAAAAAAUAUCUGCCCUAAAAUCAAAUCUACUUCAGAGUAGAAUGAGUAGUGAUAACUUUUAAUUUGCAUCAAAACCUUUGGAGAAGUUGCUUAGGAGGAUGGAUGACACUGGCACUCACAAAACAGAACAAAUAAGGUAUGACUAGCCUUUGACCUAUAUAGGGCGGAUGAUUUGCUGACUGAAAUUCUUUAAGAGCUCUCUUUCAUAUCGACAAAUGCCAAGAAAUUGCAGAAUUAGCGAUCCUCACAAAAACUAUAGAUGAAGGUACUCAAAGAUAUUCGAGAGGUCGUUACAGGGUGGAAUAACAUGCAGCAACUAAUUAAUCAAAUCUGUUAAUCUGCACAAAUUUCUAUUCAUCAACUUUAGAACACAAAUAUCAGUCAAUUAUUCAAGAGGGAUGAACUCAAUAAGCUCUACUCUUUGGUGGAGAAACACUAAAAUUCUUAUCCUCAAUCCUUUGAAUAGCUGUAUUAAAUUAUAGCCAAUACUUUCUAAAGUCGGGAUUUAGAUCACAAUAAGUUGAUUGAAAUAAACACUUAAUUGCGUUAGUAAGAAAUUUAAAAUAAAGAUUUAAAUACGAAAAAUAAAAAUUUAUUUGCUGUUAUCACAAAGUUGGAAGCUAAAGUAAAUAAAUUGUAAAAUAAAAAACAAUAACUAGAAUUAUCAAAUAAAUAAAUCUCUAAUUAAUAUCAAAGUACCUACAGACCUUAUGACACUUACUCUGAGAAUGAUAAAUUCAAACUCAAAAAUCCUCUUGUGGAAUCCUAAUCCAGUCUUGAUUCCAAGAACACUCAACACAAAUUAUUGGAAAACUAACUCACUUAAUUCUAAGAACUGAUUGCAGAAAAAGAGAGUGAAAUCAGUAAUUUAAAAUAAUAAAUCGAUGAUGAACAUGAACUUAUCCAAGAUCACUAAAAAAAGGUUAAGUAAUUGGAAAAUGAAAAUAAAUUACUUAAAUUACAACUCUCUAAAAUGGUAGAAAGUGAGAAACAACGUAAAAAUAUAUUAAUUAGUUAGUGCAGAAAUAAAAAUCUGAAGUGAAUUCUGAGUAUUAACAUUAUAAAGAUGAUUCAAGUUAAAAGUUAAAAUCGUUAAGUCAAGAAAUUGUGGAUCUCAAGUAAAAACAGAAUAAGUAUGACAUUUACACAAUCUUUAUCUUAGACUCGGUUUACGGGACUGCAACUCUGAAGUUGAAUAGCUUAAUUAAUAAAUUUCAAAACUCAAAUCCGAAAAAGAAGAAAAGGAAAGGGAAAAUGGAUAGAAUCAAAUCAAGCUUCAAGAGAUGAAAUCAAAAUACAACGAUUUAAAACAGUCCUACUAAGAGCUAUCUGAUUAAUAUUAAAGAGAUCAAUAAAUGAACAAGUAAAUUGUCUAAUCCCUAUAAACACAAAAAGAGGAUUUUGACAAUCGAAAUUCAGGAUAAUAAAGUCUCUUCCAUUUGGAUUUGGUGUCUUAACAAGAAUUAGAAACAUAACAACAAUUGAUUAAGCAAUUAGAGAGUGAUUUACACUAAGCCUAAUUCGCAUACAAGCAAUAAGAAACUAAAUUGUUAGAUUAUGAGGAUGAAAUUAACAAUCUUAAGACCUAAAUCAUGAGACUCGAGGAAGAGCAUACAGAAUAGCUUCAUAUUUUGGAUAACACCAUUUAAAGUAAGGAUUAAAUCAUAUAGCAAUAUGAAAGUAAUAGUAGGAUUUUGAAUGAUACUCCUGAACAACUCCGAAGCAAAAGUGUUGAAUAAACUACCAUUUAAGGACAUUUGAAGUCUUAGAUUGAUUCUUUGAAUAAGAGUCUCUCAAACUUUGAACAAUAAAUAAGAGAUUUAACAAAGGUUAAUAAUGAGUAUUAAGAUUAAAUUAAUAACAAAGAUAAGAUAUUAAAAUAAAAGACUUAAGAAGUCAUAUAACUACAAUAAUAGCUUAAAGAUCUGUAAGGAUUAAACUAAAAGAUUUAAGUGUAAGAUAGAGCAAUCCAUCAUCAUGAAAAACAAGUAUAGACAUUAAAUUAAACCAUAUAAAAAUUAUAGGAAUCCUUAAAUUUCAAAGAUUAAAUCUUAUUAGGAAAACAACAUGAAAUUGAGAUGCUGUUGAAUUAAAAGAAGGAUCACAUCUAACAACAAAAGUAAUAAAGUCUAUUAUUUGAAUAAUAACAUCAAAAAGCAAAGGUUGAACACCAAGAAUUACAGAACAAAGUAAAGUAAUUGGAAGAAUAAAUUAUUGCAAAAUAAAAAGAUGAAAUCACUAUAAAUGUACAAGAAGAAAUCCUUUAGAAUCAAAUAUAGUAGCUAGAAUAGUAGAUGCGAAAACAUAAACAAGACUCAGAGGAUGAAAAGAAAUAAUUAAAUGAUAAAAUAUAGAGAUUAAAUUUGGAAUUGGAUGAGGCUGAAAAAAUUUAGAUUUCAUUAAAUGAAAAGUAAAUCUCACUUGAAAAUGCUUAAAAUAAAGUGAGUGAAUUAGAGUCUGAAUUAAUCUCUUCCUAAGAUUAAAUAUAAUAAUUAGAAUCUAGAAUUCUAGAAUUGCAAAAAGAAAUUAAACUAGAGAGAUCAAACUUUUUAAAAGAAAAUUAAUUAAAGAUUGAAGAAUUGAAUUCUUAACAUUAAGAAAAUGAAGAGCUAGUUUAGAUAAAUCAAGAUCUUACUUAAAAGAACAUGCAAUUAUUAGAAGAAAUAGAAUAAUUAUAAUCAGGUUAAAGGAAAAUCUAAUUGAAUCUUAAUUAAGAAAUUCAGAAUCUAAGAGCUACAGAAAAUCAAAAUAAAGAAAUAAUCAAGAAACAUCAUCUCUAAAUUUCAGAGUUGAAUUCAUAAAUAUCAUUAUUUAAUUAAAAGUAAGAAUUGGCCAAUUAAGAUAAAGCGAAGUUAUCAGAAAUGCUAAAUUAAUAGUUACAUACAAUUACAGAGCUUAAUAAAUAACUAGAACUUAGAAAUUUAUAAAAUGAUUAAUAAAUUGAAGAAAAUAAGGCAUAGUUUAGCACAGAGUUAGUUUUCAGGGAAGCCGAAUUAUGUCGAAAUCUGAUUAUACAAUCUUAAGAAACUCAUAAAUUGCUCAUUCAAAUUGGUACCUUAAUAGAAUAAUUAGAGAAAAGCAAAUUAACUAUUAAAGAAUAAGAGAAAUAACUUCUUGAUUAGGAAUAGAAAUAUAUUAUUCUUCAAGAAGAAUCUAAAACCUAAUAAUUGAUUUAGAAUCAAAUUGAAGAGUUAAAUUCCCUUACUUAAACUUAAAAUUUGACAAUAUCAAAUCUAUAAAAUGAAUUAAAUGAAAAAAACCUUAAGCUUUAAACAUAGAUGUUACAUGCUGAGACUUAAGAAUAAGAAGUUAGGUAUUCCUAAAUGCUUAUAGAUGAUUUAAAUUAGUAAUUGAAUAAUUUCAAAAUCUUGAAUGAAGAGUAUAAAUAAUAGAUAUAAAGUUUAACUCAAAAAUCUCAGAGUAAUCAACAAUAAAUCUAAAAUUUAGAGAAUAAAAUAAAAGAUUUAGAAUAAACUAAGCUAAUUCAAGAAUUCAAAAUUAAUGAGACAACAUUAUUAUUAAAGUAAGAAUAAGAAAAAUGUGUGAAAUUAAGAAAUGAUUUAACAGAGAAAUCUAACUAGUUGAAUUCAUAAGUUAUAGAAAUCAAAUAAAUACAAAACGAAAAUAGUCAUUUCAAAUAGUUUAAUAAUGAUUUGUAAAAGAAUUUAGAAGCUAGAGAGAUAAUUAUAGCCAAUAAUACAAAUAUAAUAAAUGACUUAGAUAAAACAAUAAAUUAAAAAAACGAAGAGUUAAAAGAGAAGUCAAAUAAAAUCCUGGAAUAAAUAAAAGAAAUUGAAAAAAGUAAUAGCAAGCUUCUAUAAUUACAAUAAUAAAAUGCUAUGCUUGAGAAUUAAACUCAGCAAAGAAUACAAAUAAAUUAGUAAAUCUAACAAGAAAUAAAUUAAUUGCAACACUCAAAUCAUGAGUUAGAGUAAAAUAAUAAGAAAUUGUAAUUAUAAAUUAAUCAAGAUGCGUAAAAUUAUAAUUAAUUAAAUUAAAGAAAUAUCGAAUUAUAGGAAAGAAAUACUACUUUGAAUAAUGAGAUUUUGGAUUUGAAAAAAAAUAAUAAAGAUUUAGUUGAAAAUCAAGUUUAAAUAACUAAUAAGAAUGAAGCAGAUUAGGCAUAAAACAGACUAAUAGGUUCUUUAUAAGAAUAGAUAAAUAAUUUAGAAUAAAAAAUAUCUCAACUAGAAAACGAUUUAAAAAUCAAGGAAGAUCAAAUAAUACAUUCAAUUUAAGAAAACUAAGCUUAAGAAUAAAAAUUGCUGUAACAAAAUAAUUAGCUUUCUCAAGAUCAUGGGGAACUGAUGGCAUUAUAAAAAAUAGAUUAUGAUAAAAUAAAACAACAAAAUAAUUAACUAUAAUUAUAGACUAAUUCCUAGUAAUAGGAUAUAUAAAGAUUAUAAUUAGAAUUAUAAUAGGAAAUUGAAAGUAAAUAAUAAAUCAAUAAUUAAAAAAUAGAAUUAGAGCAGAAAUUAGCACUCUUGAAUUAAAGCUUCUCAUAAAAAGAAUAAUAAAAUUAACAAUUAGAUUAAUAAUUAAAAGAUUCAGAAUCCUUUCUAUAAAUAGAAUAGAAUAAGUUAAAUUCUUAAAUUGAAAAUUUAAAUUCAACAAUUUCAGUUUUGAGAAAGCAAUUGGAUUAAUAAUAGGAAAUCAUAUAGUUAAAGGAAAAUGAAUUAGCAGAAUAUAGCAGGAGGGAAAGUGAGACUUUGAAAUUAUUUGAAUAAAAAAAUGAAGAAAUCUUAUAGUUAAAAACGUAAUUAGAUUUGACUUAAUAAAAUAGUAAAGAAAUUUAAAAUCCAUAGAAGGAGAUAGAUGCAUUAAUUGCUAAGAAAGAUUCUGAAAUCUCUGAAUUAUAAAAUGUGAUUUAGGCAAAAUAAAUUUAGAUUGAUAAAAUAGUAGCUGAUUCUAAUUAAAACUAAUUUCUUUUACAAGAGAUAAAAUCUUUAUUUAAUUAGGAUAAUAUCCUUGAUUAUUUAAGAUAAUUUAAAUCUUAACAUGAAAAACAAUGUGAGAGAAAGUUUACCUAUUACUAAUGUCUCUAGUCAUUGAUGGAUGAAUUACUCAGAAAUUAAUAGGCUGCCUUUUAUGCCUAGAAUUAUGUAAAAGAAUUGAGAUAAAUUUUUAGCAUAAAUUGUCCCAACAAGAAUAAAACAAUUUAUUGGCCUACUAGAAGGAUAUUUAGUUGAUGAAGGCGAAGUUGCCAGUCAAAACAGCUUUGAGUAAUAUAAAGGAGGAGAAGAAUGAAGACAUUAGUUUCUCAUCAAAUGGACAAUAGCCAGAAAUCAAUGAAAAUGACAUCAGUGACUUUAUAGGGGAUUUAGACAUAUCAGUGAUUGUCAACAAUGAUAAAAACAAGAAAGAAGUAAAAUGAUCGAUUAUCACUUAGCAUUCAACUUCCAAUAAGUAAUAAUUGUCGCACACAGAGGAGGUUAAUAUUUUGAAAUCAAAGUUGGAGGCGGCCAACGAAGAGAAUGUGAAGAUUAUCGCUAAGUUUUAAAUUUUAUUAGAAAGGAUAGCUGCAAAGGAGGAGUAGAUGUUGCAGCUAAAUAAUUUGGCCAGAGAUGUAAACGAUUAAAUUAUUGUAGUAUAAACAUAAGAUGAUGGCUAUGCAAAAGACUUCGGUUGAUCCUCAAGCGGUCCAUGCGAAGGCUCAUUUGCGAGAUUGUUUAAAAAAGUUUCUCACUGCUUGUGGGCCUAAAAAUCUAAAUUAUGAUUUAGCAGAGGCGAUUCUGAAUACUUUGUUUUAGUUUUUGGAAUUCACAGAAAAGGAAAAGGAAGAAAUUCUAGACGAAUUGGCGGUAAAGCCUGCUGAUAAAAAGAAGGGGAUUGUUUAGAUAUUGUUUAAGAAAUGA